AUGAAAUACAUUUUUAAUAUUCUAAUAAUUAUUUUUAUAAGUUUUAUUUCAUUAAAUAAUGCUCUUGAUUUAAAUAAUAAUCAAAACAUUGCAGCACAACAAUUAUUAAAUCAAUUGUAUGGGGUCAAUACUCAAACACCAUGCACUAAUAGUGCUUUUACUUGUGAUAAUGGUAAUAAUGGGUAUUUAAUUUUGACAGGAAUAAACACUGGCAGUGGCUCAGGUGUGGUAAUAACAACAAGUUUUGGUUUAUUUACUGAUUUAAAAAGUAUUACCAUUGGUCCUAAUUUCUUUGUUUCAACAGCUUUUUGGACAGAUAUAAAUAAAUUAACAAAACUUAAUUUCUUAUCAAUUAAUCAUGUAAAUCAAGCAAUUCCAAAUAAUAUUCAAUUACCACCAUCAUUAAAUGAUGUUAUUUUUCAAAAAAUGUCAGUUCCACUUCCAGAGCUAUUCUUUAGUAGUGGUAAAAUUCAAAAUUUGAAUAUUGAAGACUCAGCAAAUGGAUUUAAAUACCCUGUAACAUUGUCAUCAUGCCAGCCAGGAUUGUCAUUUGUUUACAUGAUAGUUACUUUUUAUGCACCACUUCCAAAUAAUAUUGAAAUUUGUCCAAAUUUGGGAGCAGUCUAUUUAAUUAUAAAUAAUGAUAAGUCAGAUUCUCAAUACACUAAUUUUGCUUUCCCUUACUUAGGAUACCUACCUAUUUCAGAUUUAGCUCUCUACUUUAGAUAUACUGACCAAGAUAAAAUUCAAAAAUGGGAAUUUCCAGAUACCGUUUUAAAUUUACCAAUGCUCAAUUAUCUCACCAUUGAGGGAAGAGGUUUAAAAUUUCCACAAAAUAAUUUGAUAGAUUUAUCAAAAUAUACAAAGGGUACAACAAUGGAUUUUACAGAUGUAGGAUUUUUAGAUUCAUGCGCCACAUUUGGUUGUAUUAAAUUCCCAGAAAGUUCUAACAUUAAUUUUAAAAAUCAUUUAUUAAUAAUGAACAACCUAGAUUAUACAAAUCUUGAAAGUGUUAGAAUUGAAGGCAAUAAUUACGUCCAACCUUUACCAACCCCAAGCACAGUUCAACAUUCUAAAGUUAAAUCUUUUUCCCUUAUUAAUUCAGAGUUUACUGGGUCAAUUCCAUUUACAAAUAACUUUUAUUGUAAAUUUAAUCCAAAUGUUCUUAGAAUCCAUUCUAACAAAUUAUCAGGAAAUGUACCAUCUUGUUUCAAAUGUUAUCCACCAAAUGACAUAGGCGGUAUAAUCCUUCCAAAUAAUUUUAACGAUUUUACAUUAUCAUCAACACCACCAAGUACUUGUCCAACAUUGUCUUUCAACAAAAAUAUCCCACUUAUUAAAACAAAUAAUGUUUCAUUUAUUACCAUUACUGGUGUAGAUUUUGGUUGGACUUUUAAUACACUAUCACCAACACCAUCUUCAAAUGUUGUAACCAUUGAUUCAAUAAUUCCAAAUACCCAAAUAGUUUUAAGAAUUCCACAAGGUGACGGAACUGGAAAGGAUUUGGUUGCUCAAUUUGGUUAUAACUUACAAUCAACAACUUUUACAUAUAGUUAUGAAAUACCAACUGUUUUACCAAAAUAUCGUUAUGUUCAAGUUGGAGGUAAUUACUUAAUGGUAAUAAGUGGUACAGGUUUUAGUUAUGUUUAUCAAAAUAUUGCAAUUAUAAAUAGUGUACUAUCAAACCAAACUCUAGCAAUUCAAUCAACCAAAAACCCAUCUCAAGAUCAAUUUACAUUUUCAAGUUCAACACCAUUCAAUGGAAUGACAGAAGCCACCUCAUUCACCUUAUCUGUUAAAGUUGGAUCUCAAGUAUCAAAUCAAGUAUCUUUAACUUACUAUAAAGAGGUUUCAAUGACAGUAAAACCAUUAUCUACAAUUGGAGGAGUAGUUACUUUUGCUGGUAUAUUUAAAGUGGGAAAUCCUUCACUUGUUUCAAUUACCAUUGGUGGUUCUGUGUGUACAGUUAACGCAGUUAAUCCAACAUCAGUUACAUUCACUUACCCAGUUUUGUCAGUUGGCACAUAUGAUUUGGUUUUAGUAUUACAAAGUAGUUAUGAAUUUACAACACAAGUUACCAUUUCACAAGCACCUGCCCCAACUAUAUUAAAUAAAUUUGAUUGGACACUUUCAAAUGGUGCGGUUGUAUUGAUGAUUUUUGGUUCAUCAUUUAGCUAUGUAGAGCCAAAUAUAGUUGAAAUAAACUCUACACCAUUUUCUAUUUUAGCAACAGCUUCAUCAACAGAACCAGGAUAUGAUAAUUUGAUUUUACCAGCCUCUGCACAUUCAUCAAUUCCUCAAGGUGCAUUAUUUACUGUAUCAGUUACAACUAUGGGUCAAAGAUCAGCCAGUGCAACCUUUUAUCUAAUCAAACCAAUUUCAAUGAUGGCCUAUAAUUUAUAUACCAUUGGAGGGGAAAUGACAUACCCAGGUUCUUUUUCAACUUCAAAUAUAACCAUCGCAACAUUAAAAUUUGAUGAAUUAGAUAUCCCCAUUACAUCAUUAUCACCAACUGAGAUCUCAUUUAAAUAUCCAUAUAGAUCAGGACCAGGAACCUUGACAUUGACUUUAGUUAUUGGCACAAUUAGAUCCUCGAAAGUAAUUACAAUUAUAAAUACACCCACUCCAACACUAAUGAAUAAAUACUAUUGGACAACACUUGGAAAUGGUGAUCUUGCAUUAACAUUCUAUGGUAAAUGGUUUACUUAUUAUUAUAAAAAUAUUAUUAACAUUGAUGGAAUCGAUUAUGAUUCAACACCAGCAACUGCAUCAAGCUUGGAUUAUUCUUACCCAGAUGAAAUCAAAUUAUUAAAUUCGACACCAAAAUCACUUGUGGUUGGAUCUCCAUUCCAAGUACACGUUAAAAUUGGAAGUCAAAUAACUAAUUUGAUUCAAUUUAUAUUUAUUAAAUCAGUUACUAUUGAUGUAUUACCUUUGCAAUCGAUUGGUGGUAUUAUUAGUUUUGGAGGAUCCUAUGGUACUUCAGAUAAAAGUAUUGUCACAUUUUCAAUCAAUGAUGUACCAUGCUCUGUAAUUUCAAUUUCUCCAACUACCAUCCAAUUCCAAUACCCAGUUAAUGGAGCAGGUACCUAUCAAUUAAUUUAUUUUGUUGGUGGAUUCGAAUAUAAAACAAAUGUUACCUAUAUAACUUCACCUCCACCACAAGUUAUUUAUAAAUAUGAAUGGACAACCGAUGAUAGAUUAAUAAUAAAUGGUAAAUGGUUUGGAUAUUAUGAUUCAAACGUUAUAGUUCUCAAUGAUGAUGUAUAUCAAGUUAAUAGUGCAGUUGCAUCUUCAACAAAUCCAGGUUAUGAUAGUAUAAGUUUAUCAAGUUUUUCACCAACAAGUUCACUUUCAAUUGGUCAAGCAUUUACCAUCAAAGUAAUGGUUCAAGGUCAAUCAUCAAAUGUAAUUACAUUUAAUUAUAUUGAUUCAAUUAAAGUUGAUGUAAAAGAUCUAAAUACAACAGGUGGCAUAGUUUCAUUCACUGGCAUGUAUGGCGUUACAGAUAAAAGUCUUGUUACACUUUCAAUCAAUGGAAGUAGCUGUUCAGUAAAUUCAGUUUCUUUAAAUUUAAUUACAUUUAGAUAUCCAUCAUUAAGUGGAUCACCAGGCCAAUAUCCACUUUUAAUUAAUGUUGGUGGUUUUGAAAAUACUACUACCGUUCAAUAUGUCGUCCCAGAAAACCCAACAAUUUUUAACAAUUAUAAAUGGUCAUCAGAUAAAACUGAGAUAAUUAUCUAUGGUACUGCUUUUAGUUAUGAUAAUCUAAACAAUAUAAUUAUUAAUGGUGCAACUUUUACAUCAACACUUGCCUUUGGAUCUGAAGUUUCAGAUGCUAUUUCAUUUUCUAUAGAAAAUUUAUCCAUUGUUGAAGGUGACAUAUUUACAGUUCAAAUAGAAACAGGUGGAUUGGUUUCAAAUAUUGUUUCAUUCAAUUAUAUUAAAGAAAUUUACUUGUCAAAUGAGGAAAAUCUUUAUUCAUUUGGUAGUGUAGGUGCUUUAUUUGCUGGUAAAUUCGGUACAUCAAAUAAUUCAAUAGUUUCACUAUCAAUUAAUGGUUUAGAAUGUAAAGUAAUUAAAAUCACACCAACCAAUAUUAAAUUCUCUUAUCCUCCAUUAUCAAUUGGUAGUCAAGAAACAUUAAUUAAUAUUGGAGGUUUAUAUUAUUUCACAAUGUUAAAUGUCGUUGCGCCACCUUCUCCAACACUUUUAAAUAGUUAUUAUUGGUCAUCAUCUGAUAUAAUUGUAUUCAAAGGAUCUUGGUUUGAUUAUUUUACACCAAAUAGAGUUUAUAUUAAUGGUGAAGGAUUUGAAUCAAGUGUUGCAAGCUUAAAUAAUGGUAAUGAUGAAAUCACCUUUAACGAUAAUUCACCUACUUCUGAUUUGUUAAUUGGUGAUGAAUUUACUGUAAUAGUUGAAUCAGGAGGUCAAACUUCAAAUAGUGUGACCUUUAUUUAUUUAAAAUCAAUUUUAAUUACAACAAGUGAAUUAAAUUCAACAGGUGGGGAUGUUAAGUUCAAUGGUGAAUAUCAUGUUUCAGAUAAAUCAUUAGCAGUAUUAACAAUUGAUGGUUAUAAUUGUGAUAUUAUUGAGUUAACUACCAAUUCAAUUACAUUCAGUUAUCCUGCCAAACCAGGUGGUAACUUUAAUUUGCUAUUAAAAAUAGGUGGAUUUGAAGUUUCAACAACAGUUACCUAUAAAUCACAAUCUACAACAGGUGGUCAAUCUACAACAGGUGGUCAAUCUACAACAGGUGGUCAAUCAACAACUAGUAAUCCAACAAACCAACCAUCCACAACAGACGAUGAUGAACUAUCGAUUUCAUCAAAACUAUUGGCUCCAUUUAUGUUAUUAAAAAUUAUAACCAUAAUUUCAUUCAUUUUAUUUUAA